AUGCCUGGUUGGUUUUUCAAUAUCAGUAGCCUUGAGUACCUUAAUCUUAAAGGAAAUAGUCUUCAGGGCACCAUUUCGCCUGCAAUUAAGAAUCUAGCUUCGCUUAAUUUCCUUGAUUUAUCCAGUAAUCCAUUUGUUGGAGGCAAAAUUCCGGUUGCACUUGAUGGUCUAUAUCUUGUGCAUAACAGUUUAUCAGGAACUAUUCCUUCAAGCUUUGGGGAAUUUACUUCCAUGAAAGUAUUCCAGGUCCAGGAUAUUCACGAAACCAUUUUAGAUGUUUUUACUAUUGGUUACAAUGACAAAAUGCACCGGACCUUCAACGGAAGAGAUUUUGAGUUUGUCAGAGUGCUUGCAUUCGUGAAUGCUAUGGACCUUUCAGACAAUAAUUUGUCUAGAGCGAUACCAGAAGAACUGACCAAUCUUUUUGGGCUCUUGGUCCUAAAUUUGUCUAGAAAUCAUCUAUCAGGAGAGAUCACAAAAAAGAUUGAUGCACUUCAACAGUUGGAGUUACUUGACUUAUCAAGCAAUGACCUUUUCGGUGGAAUCCCUUCAAGCAUGAAGGUCCUAACUUUUUUGAGUUACUUGAACUUAUUAUAUAACAACUUGUUGGGAAGAGUUCUAUUUGGUGAUCAGCUUCAGACCCUCAUGGAUCCAUCUAUCUAUGCUGGUAAUCUUGGUCUUUGCGGGUUCCCAUUAACCCAAGAGUGCAAAGUUGAUGAACAUGAAAUGAAGUGGUUGAAUAUGUGCAUUGGGGCAGGAUUUGCAACAGGUUUCUGGGUUGUAUUUGGCCCAUUACUAUUCAAUGAAAAAAUGGAGAGAAGUCUAUUUUCGACUUACAGAUCAAGUGUGUGA